AAACAUGGUUCAUAUGCUCACCUCAAAGUCACGAUCUCGUGUCUCCAUGAGGAAAAUGAUGUCGUGUCGUUCAAUAGCGGCGAAGACUUGGUAAGGCUGUCCCGGGAGUCAUUGGCAUAUGGCCAGCCAUUCCAGUGCUGCCGUCACGCACCUCGACCUUCCAUGGCUUCGCAGCCUUGUUCUUUCCAAGCCGUUGCGACGCCUGUACGGCAGAGGAUAGCGAAGACCAGAUGCCGCUUGCUCGUGAUUUGGUGUGCGGUGAAUCCCCAGACUCAGACGCCUGGCUUGAACGAUGUGAAUCUAGGGAGCGUCGGCUUUCCGUGUCAGACUCUACGCUAGGCAACUCCGGACUUGGUGUUCUGCGCAAUUGUCUGAUCACUUCACGAGGAGCUAGAAUUUCAGCCUCGCGUUCGAUGAAGCCUAACAUGCUGGAAGUUAGACCAACUCUUUGAGUAUGUUCAAAAGACACGCCUGUGGUCGGAAGCCGUGCAGGCAAGCAUAACUCCUGUGGUAACCUAUCCCUGUGCGAUGGACUAGGCGACCGCUCGGGACUGUCGAGACGUGUAGCGAGGGACGACAGGAUGUGGGUAUUAUUGUACAUGUUGAGAGGAAGUUUGGUGGUGUCAUCCCCGUCGCGAGUAAUUAUACAUAUAAGUGAGAAUCCGGCAGCGGCAAAACCACGCCCCUUUGAGUUUGUUGGCCGGGCGGUGCAGGGCUGCACAGGCUCUGCCUACGUUUACAAGUCUUCGCAGCAGCAAACAGGGACCUGGUUCAUAGGGCGCUUAAUGUGCUGUCAGCCUCGUGACGUCGUCCGCUAUUAUCCGAUGCUGCCUAGCGCUGUCUGGCGGUCCCUUCGCUCUCGAUGCCAGAGACUACUGCUGGCCAAGGUGAGAAUUCGACUGGGAGGAGUAAGGGAAAAGGCAAUGUCCGUGCUGCCUCGACUGCCCCCGAAGAUAAUAGUCGUCCUGCCAAAAAACGCCGAACCAACUCAGCGACGCCUGAGGCCGUCACAAUUUACUAUGACACACCCAAGGCCUUCGAGGGGACUCCCUUGUACACUAAACUGCGCGAAUUGGAUGGCGACGGUCAUUUUUUACGCUACUUCAAGUACGCUCGCAAGUUAUAUCUGGAGCUUGGCCCAUGUGCUGCCGAUCUGCUAUGGCGGAGAGUACUACUGGGAAACACUUUCGACGAAAGCUUCAAGGCUUUCCGCCAACUAUUAGAAGACUGGGACUUUGUUCUCCCUAAUAUGAUAUCGACCUCGCCAAGGUACAAUGUCUCGUCACAGUUUGCGAAGCUCGUGGAUGUGCUGCAAUCCUCUGAGACGCACAGCAAUUCAUUUCGCUGCGUCAUAAUGGUAAAACAGUCGGUCACUGCUGUGGUGCUCGCAAUACUUCUGCGUUUACUGGAUGACACGCUGCCGCAUGUACGACCAGUCGCGCUCACUACCUCCGGCACUCUUAGCAGCCCUCAAGACAAUGUAACACUGCUGCAUAGCUUCUCGUCGGGUACGCAUAACUUGUUAAUCACCAAUAAACUCAGUGAGAAGCUGGACUUGUGUCCAGUAACCAAAAUCAUACACUUUAACCUGUUGGAGGAAGGGCCCGCUUCAUUGCUUGCAAGAGCUUUGACAGACAGGAACUCUGCGCUGCAUGUGGUGUACAUGGCCGACCAGAGCAAUGACCUUCAUAAAAACAUCCUCAAACAUUGCGGCAUAACAAAUCAGCAUACACCUGAGGCCUCCGGUACCUCGUCUACCGUUCAAAAUCCGCCGGACACUUCCAUGUUACUCGAUGAAGACAACUCUAUCGAUUUCGUGGAAGAGCCUACAACUGGAAAGAAGAUCAAUGCUGAACUUGCUCCCGUGGCCAUUGAACGAUACCUUGGUUCGCUGCGCGAUAUGUUUUCCGAGGACUGCCGCGCUUCGACCUCCUGGUGCGAACUAGAACCCUUCCAAGACAACAAUCUCGUCUUGCAUCUCUCGCUCCCGGAUACACUGCCCAUUCCGGAGCCACUUCGACGACUCGAGACCCAAAGCCCACAAGGCGCGACAGCUCAGCUGUGCCUUUCUACCUGCAAACAGCUCUUCAAAGCCGGUUUUCUCCGGGACGAGUUCUUCUUCACCCCUCGCGAGGUUGGCGACGUAAUCGUCGCAGGGACGGACGGACACGAAGUGAAGAAGGCAAACCUGAGCGCAAAUACUCGGUGCUACCUGAGAAAAAAGCCGACUUUCUGGACUCGCUCGCUGCAAAACACUUCUGCACGUCUAUAUCCGCUCAUCAUAUCUGUCGGCCCAAUUGAUUCCUUUAGGGACGGUCGUCAUGCUCCUGUGCUGAUUCUAACCCGACUUCCUCUCCCGCAUUUCGAGCAGUUUCCAGUGUUUUCGAACGGACAGAAAGCGUUCGUGCAACUGCAGCAUGGUGCUCCAUUCGAGAUCGAUGAUCAGAAGCAGGAGCUCUUACUUCGAUAUACCCUGCGCAUCGCUCGCGCACUGACGAACAAGCCUCUCGAGUGCGCGAUGGAGGAUAUGCUCUACUACUUCGCACCGCUGGACGGCGCGUGGGAUUCCAAGCCGUCGGACUCAGCCCCCUGGCAGUUUCCAAAAGUAGACUGGCAAAUUCCAUGGCAGCAGAUCGCCGAGGCAGCUGGGUAUUGGGCGAAGAAGCUGGUACCUGAAGAUGGAGUGCUUACCGAAGAGACAGUCCAAGACUGCGUGAUUCAGGAUCGAGCAGUCGAGUUUACAAACAGACAUUACGUCUUGAAAUUGCGACAUGAUCUGUCUCCGCGUAGUAAAAUGAAAGAGGGUUCAGCUGAGGCGGAACCUAUAACUUACCUUGACUACUGCAAGUCUCGCGUCAAGGAAUUCCAAGGUCUGAAGGACGAGAACCAGCCCCUGAUUGAGGUUUCGCUUGUACCUCCGGUAGCGAACAACUUAGCUCCAGCUUCGAAAGACACGUCGACCGUCAAGAAUCCGGCUAGAUUGUUAGUCCCGGAGCUCUGCUACAAAUUCGUCAUUCCAGCUAGCAUCUGGCGGACGGUGUUACUGCUCCCCUCCAUCACCCACAUGAUUGACCGCAUGCUGCUGGUUAAAGAAAUGAGAGUCGCGGUAUUCAAUCAGUCUAUCGGAGAAGGCGACCUUUUUCAGGCUGUGACACCUGUCUCUGCAAAUGUCGAGAAGGACUACGAGCGAUUGGAGCUUCUUGGCGAUGCGCUACUGAAGGACAUUCUAUCCACCUAUUUUUUUGCUACGAUGCCCACGAAGCGAGAGGGAGCUCUCAGUUCCGCCCGCGGACAAGUAGUCAGCAACAAAAUGCUUCAUCAGAAUGCUAUGGCGGCUGGCAUGCCACCAUGGAUCCAGAGCAAGCCCUUGGUAGUCAAACUCUGGACACCAUAUCUAGUCGCCCGGCAGGACGCUGGAGACGUUGGCACUUCGAACGAUCACCGGCGCGGAAAGCGGCAGAAGCAGCUAGAGGAGCAGGACGUUCAAUGGCUCGGUGAUAAAACUGUUGCAGACGUCGUCGAAGCCGUUGUCGGUGCCGCCUUCCAUCAGGGUGGUACAGACAACGUGUUACGCACAAUGAAGAUCCUCCAAUUCAAUAUGCCUGAAAUUGCUGAACACUCCGAUUUCUGGCGGGUAUAUGCACCGAACGCACCGUCCCACAAGACCUUUUGUGACCUGCCCGUGGGGACAAGUGAAGCGGUGGAGGCGAUUACUGGAUUCAAAUUUCACACACCUGCGAUCUUAGCCGAAGCGUUGACUCAUGGAUCAAUAUCAAACCAGCAUAUGACAAGCUACGAUCGCCUUGAGUUUCUCGGUGACGGAAUAUUGGACUCCAAUAUCGUAUGGUAUAUCUUCAAAGCAUAUCCUAAACUAUCGCCGGGAGGCCUCUCGCUACUGAAGGCUGCGAUGGUCUCCAACUUGACGCUCGCUGCCGUGGCCGUUGAGAGCGGUCUUUACGAGCACGUUCGGUAUUGUUCCAAGGAGAUAAUGUCUGCCGUCAAACUUUAUGUGCAGAAGAUUUUUACCCUUCGCGACCAAGAAUACCGAGAUGCUGAGGCAGAAAGUCGUCUUCCCAAUCAAUUCUGGCUGGAGGUCGAUGCGCCAAAGCCCUUGGCAGACCUUGUAGAGGCUAUCGUUGGAGCGAUCUACGUCUCGGACCGGUUCGGCACUCAAGGGGUUAAGACAUUUUUCCAAAAAGUCCUACGACCCUUCUACGAUAGGCAUAUCCGCUUGCACACCCUUGCGCCACAUCCCGGAACGUCGCUUUUUGAAUUUCUCCAGGCAGAGGGUUGUCAGCAGCAUGCUAUGCGCAAGACGAACCUCGGGAAGGAAGUGCGCAGCGAAGUGGUCAUACACGACAUUGUACUUGCCAGCGCUGCCGAACCGACCUCUAAUCUCUCUGUGCGCAAAGCAGCAUUAGCUGCCCUUGACGCCCUAGCCAGUGAUCCUGGACUCAUUGCGCGUACCUGCGAUUGCAAGACUCAGAAGGUCGGUUCUCAGGGUAAAAAGACGCAGAAGAAGAUGCAACAGCUGGGAUAUGUUGUCGAUUCCUAGGCUCCUUAGGGAGUUGCUCAAGGUCUUGCAGGCAAUAAAACAUCGUUCUAUCUGAAAGUUCCGAGUGCAUUAAUGCAACACUGUCGCGCGCAGGGACAUCGCGGGUGUGAUGUCCCCUUCGUCGCGAAUACCUGACAGCGGCGGAUCCCG